AACACAGGAUGCAAGGCCAAGCUCAUCCUGCCUUCCAUUAACACGUGAUGCAAGGCCAAGCUCAUCCUGCCUUCCACUGUUUUGUACGUUUAAUUUAUUUCAGUCCAACAGUGACUAUGAUGUGGUCUUCUGUUUUAUCUUGACAUUUCAAUUAUUUAUUGAUGUUUUAUGAUAUUAAAGUAACAUUUCUGGAUUAUAAUCGUGUAGAAUGUAUUGAAUGUUUUUCUUAAGUUGAUAUAUUUUUUGCAAUUUGUGUUGUAAGUUUUGUUUACCUUAGUGAUUAUGUGAGAACGAUGUGUUCCUGUAGCCUCCCUCCUCUACAUCUGUUUAGGGAGAAAACACUCCCAAGGUCUCAGGGCUAGGACACGAGGAUCUAACAAUGGAAUGAUCUUAAACAUUACACUCAGAUGAGAUGUAGAGCAAUGUGAGAAUUCAAACAUUUUUGACUUUUGGUUUAUUCUUCAAUUGCGUUUGUAAAUGUUGUCUCUUGACAUUGGCACCAUAUAAAAAUACGUUAAAAGGACAUGAUAAAUAAUAAAAAAUGUAUUUUAUUGAACUAUUAUUUAAUAAGAAAACAUACGACAGUUCUUUAUUCUGCAAUGCAUCUAUAUGUAGAAACUACUGGGGCAAAUUGUCUUGUCCCACUGGAGAUGUUUAGAGGUGAACUGAGGGGGUUUAGAAACAUAUAUUUUAGAAAUAUAUAUUUAUUAUUUUGAAUACUAGAUUGAGAACAAAAGUAUUUCAUAUAUUGCAUCGGUCAAUAAAAACAAGGAAGGGUAUUAAAAUACAAUUUAGUUUUAAUAGUAUAAUGUGUGACCCUCAGUUUGUCAUUGGUGUUACCGCCUUGAAAAAUCACUGAUUACAAAGAUAUACGAGGACCUUGAGCAUUCUCUCCUAACUUUUAUCUGGGGAGAGGUCUAUAUUAAAUAACAAUAUUAGCUAAUAACAACCUUUUAGUAGAUCAUACAUUCAAUGAUUUAUUGUUAAUUUGGUGUGUCUAAAUUCAAAAUGUCACUUGGUGUUAGUCAAUUUAAUUGACAGGAAAUAACAUUCUAAACACUUUUUCAAUGAUUGAUGACCUUAGAUUUGAGAAUCUGUGGUCUCCAUUUCAAAAACUACUAAUUUACUUAAAAUGUGUUAUUGGUGUAAGCAUCACUACUUCUACUGAUGGCUCGCUAUUAUCAUAAUGGUAAAAAUGAUUUAAAGUAAUUAAGCUACCACAUUAUUUACAAUGGGAAGAUAUACCCACAUCCAUUACAAUCAAUACAAAUCUAGAAAAAUGAUUAAAUGUUUUCCAAAAUGCUAUGCCCAAAUGCCACCGUAAUUGAAGAACAACCAACUUAGUACUUUUUGGGUAUUUUCUUAGAAAACAAGAUUAAACAAGACUAUUCAACUAACACACAAUCCCAGCAAUUAAAUCCCCAGCUAUGACAUCUUAUGUUAGGAAGUUGGAUAUUUCAGCAUUCUAUGAAAGUCCCACAGUAAACAGAAGACUAACCCAAAGUGUGUGUCUGGAUGAGGGGAGCCUUGACCUGCCAUAGGCUGACACCAUCACAACACACAAGUUGUCCCCGAAAGAAACAUUCAAGGAUACAGGGGAGGAGAGACACAGUGGAGAGGGAGACAGAGAGAGCAUAGAGCCGGAGGAGAAAAAGAAACAGACAGAAGAAGAGUUGGAAGAAGUGAGGUAGGAUAGAGACGCUGCUAUGAUGGUGAGGUGGAGUGUGUGUCGCAGUUCCCUGGCUCUGCCAGCAUGUGGACUACCCAGUGCCCGCCACAACUCCAGUAUGCCGGUGGUGCGCCAGGCUCUGUCCCCAGACAACAGCAGUACGGUCCAGAACUUCAGUGAGAUCCCAGGUCUCUGGAGAAACGGACUCGCCAACCUCUACAGUUUCUGGAAACUAGACGGAUUCAGGAACAUCCACAGAGUCAUGGUGCACAACUUCAACACCUUCGGUCCAAUAUACAGGGAGAAGAUAGGCUACUAUGAUAGUGUAAACAUUAUAAAGCCGGAGGAUGCAGCCAUCUUGUUCAAGGCAGAAGGACACUACCCCAAGAGGUUAACGGUGGAGGCAUGGACCUCAUACAGAGACUACAGGAACAGGAAAUAUGGAGUCCUGCUCAAGAAUGGGGAGGACUGGCGGUCCAACAGGGUGAUUCUGAAUAGAGAGGUGAUCUCUCCCAAGGUGUUGGGGAACUUUGUUCCUCUGUUGGAUGAGGUUGGGCAGGACUUUGUGGCCCGAGUACAUAAGAAGAUAGAAAGGAGUGGACAGGACAAAUGGACCACCGAUCUUUCUCAAGAACUCUUCAAAUACGCUCUGGAAUCGGUGGGUUCAGUUCUGUAUGGGGAACGUCUGGGCCUGAUGUUGGACUACAUCAACCCUGAGGCCCAACACUUCAUUGACUGCAUCUCUCUGAUGUUCAAGACUACCUCUCCCAUGCUGUACAUCCCCCCGGCCAUGCUGAGGAGGGUAGGAGCCAAGAUCUGGAGAGAUCACGUAGAGGCCUGGGAUGGCAUCUUCAACCAGGCGGACCGCUGCAUCCAGAACAUCUACAGGACGAUGCGUCAGGACACUAACACCCACGGGAAGUAUCCAGGAGUCCUGGCCAGCCUUCUGAUGUUAGACAAGCUGUCUAUAGAGGAUAUCAAGGCCAGCGUCACUGAACUGAUGGCUGGAGGGGUAGACACGACAUCUAUCACCCUGCUGUGGACUCUAUAUGAGCUUGCCAGACACCCUGACCUCCAGGAAGAGUUGAGGGCUGAGGUGGCUGUAGCCAGACAGUCUACCCAGGGAGACAUGCUACAGAUGCUGAAGAUGAUACCGCUGGUCAAAGGAGCGCUGAAGGAAACGCUGAGGCUUCAUCCAGUUGCAGUCAGUUUACAGAGAUACAUUACAGAGGAAAUCGUCAUUCAGAACUAUCACAUACCUUGUGGGACUCUGGUCCAGUUGGGUCUCUAUGCGAUGGGUAGAGACCCAGAUGUGUUCCCCAGACCUGAGAAGUACCUCCCGUCCCGCUGGCUGCGGACAGAGAACCAGUACUUCAGGAGCUUGGGCUUCGGAUUUGGACCCAGACAGUGUCUUGGACGGCGCAUAGCUGAGACGGAGAUGCAGCUCUUCCUUAUACAUAUGCUGGAGAACUUCAGAGUAGAUAAACAGCGUCAAGUGGAGGUGCACAGUACCUUCGAGUUGAUCUUGUUGCCAGAGAAACCCAUUCUUCUGACCCUGAAGCCUCUAAAGAGCGGCCAGUGACAUCAUGAAGCCUCUACUCUGUAAGGUCAAAGCGUAAGAAAAAUUCUAACAUUGUUUUAAUAAAACAAUAAUAUAACUUGA